UGGGAUGGGGUGACAAUCGUUCUCUAGAAUGUGAAAGUGACCUUUGACAGAACAGUGCCCAGGACUUUGUCCCAGGACUCGCGAUCUGGAGAGGUCAGCUGCCGGGCUUGUAUAGCUCGUGUUCUCUCUCUCUCUCUCUCUUUCUCUCUCUCUCCUCUCUUCCCCUCCUCUCUCCUCUCGAUUCAUCAGCUACAGCCUGAGGUGUUGUCACACCAAGUGGUUCACACCCAAGUGAAUGUUUCGCUCUGAAGUCAUCAGCUCCAAAGCUCUCCAUGCUGACUGGCCACCCCGAACGGAACGCGAGGAGGCUGCCUUGCCCACCCCUGUCACAAUGGGUAAAUUCUAACCGGUUAGAUCUAGCGGAUAUCUAACCUACAGAACAACUGAAAUAUUUCCUUCUCUCCGCUUCCUUCCCACAACAGACCCCUUUCCCUGUGACACUCUGGCUGAAUGACGUCGGGAUGCGGAUAAGAGGCGGGAAGUUUGUGGGGGCAGUUCCCGCAAGAUUUAGAGCCUGGGGAAGUUUGGCCUGGUUCAAGAGAGGUCACCACCCACUUGGAGUCCUAGGGGCGGGGCCUCUUCGGGGGCGUGGCCAAGGCCAAGGGCGGGGCAGGGAGGCAGCAUGCUAAACCGGGUGCGCUCGGCUGUGGCGCACCUGGUGAGCUCGGGUGGCACUCCGCCCCAGCGCCCUAAGUCCCCCGAUUCGCCCAGCGAUACCUCCACGCCGCCUGUCGCCUCAGAAACACCUAAGAGCCCCCCGGCGAGGCCUGGGAGCGAGGUCUGGGCACCCCCGAAGACCGCGGAGACUCGGGCGAGCUUCUCCAGACCCACCUUUCUUCAGCUGAGCCCCGGGGGGCUGCGACGCGCGGACGACCACACAGGCCGGGCUGUGCAAAGCCCCCCGGACACCGGUCGCCGCCUGCCCUGGAGCACAGGCUAUGCCGAGGUCAUCAAUGCUGGCAAGAGCAGGCACAAUGAGGACCAGGCUUGCUGUGAAGUCGUGUAUGUGGAAAGCCGGAGGGGUGUUCCAGGGGCCUCCAGGGAGCCUCCCCGGAACCAGGGACUCUGCUUCUACUACUGGGGCCUGUUUGAUGGGCAUGCUGGUGGCGGAGCUGCUGAAAUGGCUUCCCGGCUCCUGCAUCGCCACAUCCGGGAGCAGCUAAAGGAUCUAGUAGAAAUACUUCAGGACCCCUUGCCGCCUCCCCUCUGUCUCCCAUCCACUCCAGGGACCCCGGGUUUCUCAGAUCCGUCACACAUGGUCAGCCCUCAGUCCUGCUGGUCUCCACAGAAGGAAGUAACCCACGAGAGCCUGGUAGUAGGGGCCAUCGAGAAUGCCUUCCAGCUCAUGGAUGAGCAGAUGGCUCGGGAGCGGCGUGGCCACCAAGUGGAGGGGGGCUGCUGUGCACUGGUUGUGGUGUACCUGCUAGGCAAGAUGUAUGUGGCCAAUGCAGGAGACAGCAGGGCCAUCAUUAUCCGGAAUGGUGAAAUCAUUCCAAUGUCCCGGGAGUUCACACCAGAGACGGAGCGCCAGCGUCUUCAGCUGCUUGGCUUCCUGAAACCAGAACUGCUGGGCAGUGAGUUCACCCACCUUGAGUUUCCCCGAAGAGUUCAGCCCAAGGAGCUGGGGCAGAGGAUGCUGUACAGGGACCAGAAUAUGACUGGCUGGGCCUACAAAAAGAUUGAGCUGGAGGAUCUCAGGUUUCCUCUGGUCUGUGGGGAGGGCAAAAAGGCCCGGGUCAUGGCCACCAUCGGGGUGACCCGAGGCCUCGGAGACCACAACCUUAAGGUCUGCAGCUCCACUCUGCCCAUCAAGCCUUUUCUCUCCUGCUUCCCCGAGGUACGAGUGUAUGAUCUGACGCAGUAUGAGCACUGUCCGGAUGAUGUAUUAGUCCUGGGAACGGAUGGCUUGUGGGAUGUGACUAAUGACUGUGAGGUAGCCGCCACUGUGGACAGGGUGCUGUCGGCCUAUGAGCCCAAUGAUCCCAGCAGGAAAUCGACUGCCUGUGUGAUGGUGAUGGUAUAUGCAGUGUAGCCCAGCGGUGUCCUAGGCUGUGCCAGCCCAGUUUGUGUAAGUAUACUUCCUGCUCUUCACACAGGGAUGAAAUUCCUCGGCGACACGUUCUCAUAACAUGUCUAAUAUAAAGGGAUGUGUGACUCUGCUGUUGACUAUUUAAAAAACCUUUCAUAUUUGCCUUUAUUCCUGCCUCCCUCGUAACAUUAGAUCUUUAUUACACCAACUUCCUAACUUCAGAGGCUCCUUAUUGUGCCCAGAACAGACCUGAAGUUGGUCCUGAGCACGGCAUAUAAGGACCUUAAAAUAGGAUCAGGUUGCUAUGUCUUUCUCUAGCUUCACCAUCUUCCUCCAAACUCUGGGCUUGUCAGAGCUCCACCUUACUUUAAAUCUCACAUUACCAUUUCUUGCCUAUUUCACCCGUCCUGUCCUCCCGGUCUGGGUAUCCCCCAUCCCCUGCAUGCUGCUAAGGUAGUUACCCUCCAGAAUUAUAACUGCCCAUAGGAGGAGCCAAAGGGGAGUAGCCAUGAAGAGCAGGGACUCUCAAGUCCGACUGUUUUGCCCCGACACCACUGUAACUUCUGUGAGCCUCCGUGUCUCAGUAAAGUAUAGAUAACAGUACUGCCUCAUAAGAACUAAGCGUAGUUCGUGUGGGUAGGGUGAGCAAGGUUCAUGUAACAAUGCUUCAAUAAAUGUUAGCUAUGUUAGGUUGUCUGUGUUCUUCAUUUAGGCUGUAAGUUAUCUGAAGGCCGAAAUUUGUGGUUAGUAACAGCAUUCUGUUCACAGCCAGCCAAUGCUUACUGAAUGAAUUAAAAGACUUGGGUGCCAAACUGCCUUUCACCACCUCAGUUGCCUGAUUUGCCAAAUGUGUGGUUUGUCCUUCAGAUCCUGAGCAAGUGACUGUGUAUGUAUCUGCCUGUGUUUGAGAGAGCUUUGGCAGCCCUGCUCCCUCAGGAGUGCUGGGGUUACAGGUGUGAGCCCCAAGCCCAGCUGUACCUGCAGUAGACUCCAUGUGAUUUCUAACAUGCGUUUAUUCGGCAAGUCCUUGUUGAAAGCUGUGAUGAGCAGAACAUUGAUUAGAUGGUGCAGAGGGCAGGUUGGAGGAGGAGCAUGGGAGGCAGCAGGGAGCCAGCACCU